CUGAAGUGAUGUCAGUGCAGGUUGCAUCUUCGAGGCGCUAGCGCGCUUCCAUUGUCCAGACGGCUAGGGCUACUUGUAAGGUCACCUGCAAGAUGGGUUCCAUGUCCUAGGUUAGGUUUAAUAUCCAUUUCAAAGGCGCUCGAAGCUUGGUUUGCGAAAGCAGCCCUGGGCUAUCCGCUGGUGGCACUCACCCUGCGCCUGCAUUAACGAGUUAGGGUCAACAAAAAGCGCCGUCCUGUUGAAGAGGGUUUCAGGUAGAUCAAGGUUUGGUUUUGCCGUCCGCCGAAAGGCACAGCUGUUGUGGCUGCUGCACAACAGGCAGAGCAGACAAUGCGGCAAAGCGAAAGGCGAGAAAAGCCUUUCCGGAAACAGGCCUUGACUCGAGUGGUAUGCUUCAAGUUGGGUCUCUCGCCACUAGUGGGGUUCCCACGUUAGGUAGUUUGACUGCCGGAAUAAAGAGCGUGCUACUUUGCUGACAAGUUCUUAGCAACUAGGUUGGGAUGGCGGGGCCGCCGCUUGGUGCGGGCGGCGAGCGCAAGCCCUGGCACAGCGCUGAGUUGGAGGGUUUGGGGUCACUCGCGACUGGGUUGAUGGCAAACAUUCGGGAGGCAUUGCGAAAGCUACAGGCAAGCCAGAGGAAAGAUGCACGCUCCAAGAAAGGAAGUAAAAGAAGUGGAAGCGAGCGUCCUGCAAACGGUGAGGAGAGAUCGGUGCAAGAUGCAAUGACGAGGAAGGGAAGUUGCGAUACGCCUUCAGAUGUAAGGCCGCGCGCGCGCAGACCGCCCGCCUGGUUAGCGGCGCUAACCCCUCCAGUUAGAAAGGCGCCCCCCCAGAACGAGUCCCUGUCUCCAAUCCGGUUAGCGUCGCUAACCAUGGCGUCCCCUCAGAGUGGCAACCACCAUCGGCAGCCGGGGCCCUUCAGCCACCCCUCUAGUUUCCACCUCCCGGUGGAUGUCACUUGGGGCGCCUGGGACGACGAUGACAUCAGCGACGACGUCCUCAGCGCUGAUCUCAGCGUAUCUUCCUCCGGCGAGGGCACUCGUGAGCUGGCGGGUUCAGCCAGGGGGGGAGAAGUGAGUACCAGUCAAGGGGAACAGGGGGAGGCGCUGUGCUAUGAGAUUGUGAAGGGGCGGAAGCGACGGUAUGUAAAGGGCGCGGGGGGAAAGAGUAGCCGAAGGGGAAAAGCUGGAUACACAGUGGUCGAGGAGGGGGAGAAGCGGAAUCCAUUUCAGAUCUUGUCCACUUUCGCCUGCUCGUACGUCGUCCCCGAGGGCUUCCCCGAGACCGUCUCCGCCGCAUACGCUCCCUACAUGCGGUGGCGCGCCGCUCAGUAUUUCUUCGGGGGGGCGAUGGGCGUUUUCACCACUCGCUCGCUGCUGCACUCGAUCGGCGUUUCCCGCGGGGGUGCGCCAACGGCGGUGGCGGUAAACUGGGCGAUUAAGGACGGGGCGGGGCGCAUUGGGAAAAUGCUCUUUGCACGGCAGGGGAAGAAGUUUGACUGCGACCUGAAGCAGGUGCGCUUUGCUGGGGGCCUGCUGAUGGAACUAGGCGCGGCGGUCGAGCUGGCGACCACCGUCUGCCCGCAGUUCUUCCUGCCGCUCGCGUGCGCUGCCAACAUCUCGAAGAACGUGGCAGCAGUGACUGCCACCUCGACGCGGGCGCCAAUCUACAAGGCGUUUGCGCGGCGCGAGAACCUGGGUGACGUCACCGCCAAGGGCGAGAGCAUCAGCAACAUGGCGGACCUGAUGGGCAUGGGCUUCGGCAUUUUGCUGUCCAAGCGCAACCCCAGCCUGCUCGCGACCUUCGGCGUGCUGUCGUGUGGCUACCUGCUGAGCUCGUACAACGAGUGCCGCUCCAUCCAGCUGCCCACGCUCAACCGAGCGCGCUUCUCCGUCGCCGUCAGGACCUUCCUAGAAAGUGGCAGCGUGCCGGCCCCAACGGAAGCGAACCGGCGGGAGGCGAUCAUCGUCCCGCCCUGGGCCGCGGAGAAGCCCAUGGAGCUUGGCGUGAAGGUCUCCGAAGCCUUCGGGAGCGCGCACGAGUUCCAAGCCGCGAGCCAGCUCUUCAAGGACGAGAAAUACAUGGUGACGUACCGCAAGAAAAAGCGGCGCGCGUUUGUCGUGUUGAAGGAGGACGCGCAGGCGGCCGAUGUGCUGCGGGCCGCUUUCCAGGCCCACGUGUUGCUUCACAUCCUCCACGGCUGCCCCUCCAAUGGCGACGGCUCUUCCGUCAAUGGCGACUCGAUUUCCGGUUCCGGUUCCGGUUCCGGUUCCGGGUCCGGGUCCUUGAUUCAAGGGGUGUGCGCCAUUCCCCGGCGGGACGGAAAGCAGAGCAUCCGGAAGGUUACCGAGGAGGACGUCGUCACAGCUCUGCGCCAGAGCUGCGCCGAGACGAGCGGGUUGUACGAGGACUUUCGGAAAAAGGCGUCCGCGGAGGGUUGGGUCAUGGCGGACGCGCUGUUGAACCCGGGGGAUGCUCGGUUGUGCAACAGCUGACGACGAUUCGACGUUGGCCCGGUAGAAGAAAUUGGAUCAUGUCACACGAUUCUUUCAACGAUUCUUUUGCUCGCGUCAGUUAGGAUGAUGCUAGCGGUGGCCUGCCGAAAAGCGUGCUGUCUCAAGAUGUCAAAAUUCAAGAAUCAUGGAAGAGGAUGCUUGCAAGUGGUACUUUGGUCCUACUGUAGUCCGAGCAUGCACGGCUUUGCGAGCGCCUGCAGAAUUGCAUUUUAUCGAGACUCGUGCCGUGGGCGGCACAUGAUGUUGCAGCAAUCCUCAACGCAAUUGGCGGUAUCAACCACGAGAUCUCCC